UCCGAACCCAUAUACUAAAAUUUCAUAGCUCGCAAAUAACUGUUGACACUUUUCCAUUGUCUGCAAAUAAGUGUCUUUUACUGACACAAUUAAAAAGACUCAGACAGAAAUUGUUUUUGUCGCGACUGACUUAGCUCGCUCGCGCUCUGAUCGAGACAGUUAUUUCUGUUUUCGUUUCGCUCAAGUCAAACACUGAUCGAUUUCUUGAGUUAAAUGAAGCAAAUUGUCUUUUGCGUAUGUAUGGGUACGCACACGCGAUUGAUGCGUUCUUUUUCUUUGCAAGAUACAUAUGUACAUGUUAAUUGCGUUUGUGAAGUCAGUGUGUGCGGAGCAUUAUAGUUUUUGCAAAAUGGGAAAAGACGAAAUUAAAAAAGUUCAUAAUUUUUUUAGAUUCAUUGCCGAAGAAAAUAAAUCUAUGUGUAAUGUUUGCGGUUUUAAAAUGUCUGGGACAUAUUUAACAAAUUUAAGACGGCAUUUGACAAUAAAACACGGUGACAUUUUUAAUGAGUGGAGCAAGAGCGGGGACUCCCAAGUACAAGAGAGUGUAAAAAAAAGAAAAAUAUCAUACCUCACGAGUGAAGAAUCCAUUAUUUCUUCAAUUAUUAAAAUAGUGACUACGGAUGGAAAACCUUUUCUUUUUCUGGACAGUGAAGGCUUUAUGGAUAUAAUGAAUCCAAUUUAUAGUUCACUAGGCAUGAACCCAAUAACUUCGCGCAAUGUUAUAAAUUUUGUAAAAGUCAAAGAGCACUCAAUUAAAGAAAACAUUAAAGCUUUAGUUAAAGAUAAACUGGUGUCACUCAAAAUCGAUGUUGCCACUAGAAUGGAUAAAUCCAUUUUAGGUGUAAAUUUGCAGUUAAUCGAUGCAAGCCUUUAUACAACUGAAAUUGUUGUAAAAACGUUAGGCAUGAUCCAACUCGAGGAGUCCCACACAGGUGCAUACAUAAAGCAGAAAAUUUUAGAUAUUUUAAUGGAUUAUGAUAUAAAUGUGGAACAAAUUUUCAGUAUAACAUCUGACAACGGAAGAAAUAUGAUAAAAGCAGUUCAAGUUUUAAACGAUGCUACAGAGGACUGUCUUUUUAACGACGAUACGCAAGGUGAAAGUGUUAUGAAUGAGCUAGACACCAUUGAGUUGGCCAAUAUUCACCUAGUGAGAUGUGCAGCACACACCUUGCAAUUGUGUGUAACUGAUGUGAAUAAGGUCAACGAAAUUAACGAUAAAAUUUCUUCUUGUCGCACAUUAUGCAAAAUGCUGCGCACAGAAACUAAUAGACGUUUAUUAAUCGAACACAAAAAAAACAUCCCAUCGCUUGACGUCAUAACAAGAUGGAAUUCAACUUAUUUGAUGAUGACAAAAUUGGUUGAUUUAAAGGACUUUCUGACUACCGAGUCUUACAUUUAUGUUGACGCAGAUUGGGACUGGAUGGAGUCUUAUAUUGACGCCUUUAAGGAAUCAUAUGAAGCUACCUUAAAGUUGCAAGAUAAAAAUCUAGUUUUUAGUGAGUUUUUUAUUAUUUGGAUGGAGCUUAAAUUGGCAUGCGAAAAAAGUACAAAUUUCAUAAAAAAGAAACUGUUGGCCCAGAUUAAGAUAAGAGAGUUAAAACUUUUAGAAAAUGAAGCAUUGUUAGCUGCCAUUUUCAUGGACCCAAGAGUUAAUUGCAUAUUGAGUAAUGACCAGAAAAGGGUGGCAAAGCUUAAUUUAAAGAAAAUUGCAUAUAGGUUAUUCGAGUUAAAGAAUGUAAGUUGCAGAAUGGUUAAAAUUGUUGUCCUGUGUCAUUUAUGUUUCAUACAGCACAAAAUGUUCCAGCGCUUGAAGUUCCUGCAUCUGAAGAUAUGA